UAUGUGCCCCGGUAGAGAAACCCUUCUACCGUAUUAUAUGUUGAGCUAUGGCACUAUGUGUGUCUAGGGUUGGACUGCUCUGGGUGAAAGAGUGAGAUGAGUCGUUAGCUCUAUGCCGCUCAUCAGGCACUCAUAGGUAUCAGUAGCCCACUGUUGCUCGUCCGAUUCAGUUCGGGACCCGUUAGCUCAGAAUUAAGGGUAGUUAUUAGCCCAUGUAGGAUUAUCGUCCUACAUAUCAGAAGUGGGAUAGGGUCCGCGUGUGCCACUGCGUGUGGAAAACCGUGAAAAACACGGCGCGAGUGAGAAAUAAGUGAAAAUUGCAGAGACGACGACGCAGAGAGCAACAUGGCCGCCACCGCGUGGAGGAAAAAUGCGGCGUAGAAACAGCGAAAUGCGGCAAGAUAGGACUGCGAAGACCAUCGAGAAGCGCCCCAGCAACUGUGUGGAGGAGCACCCGGCGAUGGAAGUAGCGCAAGUACCCCUGAGUGCCCCAGGAAAGGGAAAUAAAGAGAGAAAAAAUUGAAGGGGAAUAUGUUUCUUUGAAUUGAAAAAGUCAUGAUGAAUUUCUGAGAAAUUUUUGGCAAUUCCAGAAAUUUCUUUGUGUUGACCCUUUUGUGUAUGCUCUGUGUGAAUGGUGGCCACCCGCACAAAAUAAUUGUCUUGUCUUGUCUUGCAGUAACAUGUCUUAACAGGAAUUCAUUUUCAGGCAAUUCAUGAUAAAGUUUGAAUAGAUUUCAUGGGAAAUUAAAUAGGAAAAUAUGUUCAUGAAAAAAUGCAAAAUGUUUUAGAAGUGUUUCAUAGGUUAGUGAAAUUAGCCGAGUUUAUUGAAACAUGAAUUCGACGAGAUUGAGAAACACGAAAUGUUUUGCUGGAAUUUGACCACAUCGUGACAUUUCGGUCGUGCCGAUUGAAUGCUCGGGUAUUGCAUCAUAUUAUUGUCAUUUUAUGCAAGUCAUUUGAGUGUUCAAGGUGUAUUGCAAGGAAAUUCAAGGAAAAGUUCAUUAAAUAUCGCAAAGAAAUCGCAGCAGAGAAAAAACAAUGUCGAGAAGGCAAAACUCCACGGUUGCCAUGCCCAUGGGACCAAAGGAACUAAGCGCAAUAAUCCAGCGAUUUGAUCCAGAUUUGGCCGACUGCGUUGACACAGAGGAUUGGCUUGUAGAAGUUGAAAAUGCGCGUUUGAUGUAUCAUUGGGAAGAGAGGAUUACAAUCCUUUAUGCGUCCAUGCGACUGAGGGGACCCGCUGAAAAGUGGUUCCAUGGCGCCAAAGCGAGGCUGGAUACGUGGGCGAAAUUUCGCGAUGAAUUGCUACAAUUCUUCCCUACCGUGGUGGAUUUCGCGAAAAUACACAAACAACUCGACAGCCGUCGCAAGGCGAAGAAUGAAACAACCUCAUCGUACUUCCACAACAUGAUGGCCCUAGCGGCGAAGGCCAAGGUUGAUGACAAAACCACCAUGAAAUAUAUAAUAAUGGGCCUUCCAUCCGAGUCGUUGAGGACAUCAUUGUUGACGCAAAAUUUCGCAUCUCUUCCACAACUUCUCCGUGUGCUAAUUGAUGCGGAACAAGGCAAUGAAAACGCAGACGAUCCCAAGCAAGACAGGCGCUAUUCCAAGCGCAACUUUGGGCAGAAUUCAGGCCGCUACCAUCCGUACCGCCAUGGCAAGAAGGAUGACAAUGGAGAAUCUCAGCGUGAAGUACACAGGGGAGCCAAAAGUGAGAAAGAGCAGAAAACCACCAAGGAGCAACGGAGCUCUGAGAAACUUUGCUACAAAUGCAAGAAGCCCGGACAUUUGAUUGCUCAGUGCCCACAAUAAUUCCGAUGAAUUCCAAUGUAGGAAUAAUUAAAUUGAAUUUCGAGGAAAUAAAGAAGCUUAAACCUACUGAGUGUAGUCAGGUGUGAAGUCAAAUAAAAAAAAAAAAAAAAAAAGAAAUUACAGAAAUGCAUUGUUAUUUAUUCGAGAUUUUAAUUAGUUGUUUUUCAGGACAGAAAAGUGAAAUUAAGAUCUCAAGGUAAGCCUACUAAAUAUAAAUGGAGAAUAAUUUCUUUGUCAUUUUAGAGAAUGGUCAUACAACGAGGAAGCAACAAAGAAAUGUGAAGGAUUUAAAAUAUCAAAUAUUAUAUGCCCCACUCAGACACAAUCUAGAGGUAAUGAAGGAAGAGAAUCUUAAGCCUACGACCGGAAAUGAGGACUGGAUUGAUGUUAAGGAAGGCUAUGUGCCGAAGUCAAGCAUUGGCUGUGUGCCGCUUGAAAGCUGAGUGCGCUAAACCAAGAUGCAAAGAAGGAAAGCAACACGAAACGUACAAUAGGAAUUAAGAAUUAGAUAGAAGGAAGAUAAAUUGCUAACCAAGACGAGAGCCGAAGCAAGAAGACUUCGUCUUCACUAGCUGAGCCCCAGGCUUAGUUCUUUCACAGAGCUCAUAGUACUAUGUGUACUCCCCCAUGGAAGAAAGGCAAGAGAUUUAAGAAACAAGAUGACAACGAUGAAUUACAGCGGAAAGAAUCAGGACACUGGAUUGACCAUUCACUUCAUCAAUGAGGACAUUGAUCAUAUCAGGAAGGCCGAGAUGUAGAACAAUGCUAUGUGCCCCGGUAGAGAAACCCUUCUACCGUAUUAUAUGUUGAGCUAUGGCACUAUGUGUGUCUAGGGUUGGACUGCUCUGGGUGAAAGAGUGAGAUGAGUCGUUAGCUCUAUGCCGCUCAUCAGGCACUCAUAGGUAUCAGUAGCCCACUGUUGCUCGUCCGAUUCAGUUCGGGACCCGUUAGCUCAGAAUUAAGGGUAGU